GCAUUUGAGAUUCCGAGGCCACGCCACGAACUAGUAAAUAGUAGUAAUUAUGUUUAUUAUUAUUCUGUGGCUUUGUCAGCUAAGCCUGUAGUUUUAAAAUAAGAUUUUGUUAAACUGCGGUCUUUUCUUGUUAGUUAUUUGAAUUAAAGAAUGAGAAAUGGAUUAUGAUAGCCCUAUUAUAUACGGACUUGAGUUUCAAGCGAGAAGUCUGGCGUCGCAGCUUGCGGAAUCCGAUGCAGUGAGGUUCAUGAUCGGAACUCAGUCGCUGAAACUCUCCAGCAACCAGGUGCACAUCGUGGAGGUGAACGAGGAGAACGGGCUGCUCAAUACUCAGAUCUUUCAGCACGGCGAGGGAGAAGUGUGGUCGAUAACUGCGUCGCCGAGCGACGCAGACGUCAUAGCCACGUGCUACAACACACUCGCAGAUGACAACACGUGCUGCAUGCGUAGCACCAUCUGGCGAGUUCCGCAGCAGCCUGAAGCUGGCGAAGCCCCGGCGUCACUAGAGCAGCUGGCGCAGCUCGACACGGAGAAGCUGGGUCGGGACGUGCGGAUCACAGCGUUCCAUCCCAGUGACGGCUCGAGGGCAGUGUCCGUCGUCGACAACCACUUCGUCCUCUGGGACCUCUCGGCUGGAGACGGCAAGGAGGUGUGCUCGGGCCUGCUGGAAGGGAAGGGCCAGCCCAGGUUCACGACGGGCAAGUGGAACCCUCACCAGAACUGCUCCCAGUUCGUGACGGCCAACGACGGCCACAUCAGGAGCUGGGACCUGCGCUCCCCGCAGGAGCAGGCGUGGGCGAUAGAGGCCGCGCACAGCCAGUUGGUCCGGGACCUGGAUUUCAACCCCAACAAGCAGUACUACCUUGCAACCUGCGGGGACGACGGUUGCUCCAAGUUCUGGGAUGUCCGGAAAGCCACGGAGCCUCUGGUCACACGCUCUGACCAUUCACACUGGGUGUGGAGCAUUCGCUUCAACCACUUCCAUGACCAGCUGGUGCUCACGAGUAGCAGCGAUUCCAGUGUGAUUCUCACCAGCAUUGCAUCCAUCUCAUCCGAGCCCCUCACCAACAUUACGGAUGGUGACGAAGGACAGACGGAACAGAAAGACAAGUUGGAAGACGGAGUGCUGGCUCGCUACGACGAGCACGAAGACUCAGUGUACAGUGCAGAAUGGUCCUCUGCCGAUCCUUGGACCUUCGCCUCUCUCAGUUACGACGGAAGGCUGGUCAUCAACCAUGUUCCGAGAGCUGCCAAGUACCGUAUCCUGCUGUAAGAGACGGGAAUACGCAUCAACAAAUAGGCUUUUGAAUUUUUAUGUUAUGUGGUUUUGUUUGUUUAUAGUAUUUAUUAAAGAAAAUCCUAUUCUCUUUUA